GGUAGAAGACACGUUAAGCUCCCAAACCAGUAGUGGCUUUAUAGCCUCACAAAAUCUCUCUCUUUUUUAUUUUAUUUUUGUGUUAAAAACACACUUGGAAGAAAUCACUUGGUUCAUACUUCAUACUUGAUAAUCCCAAAACUCCAUUCAUUUUCGUACCAAAACCCACCCAAUGCCAUACCCACACCUUCUCCAAUCUUCGCUUUCCCUCUCUUCCUUUCCCGCCAAUUUCCCCAAACUCCACUCUCUCCGCCUCCCAUCGCCGCCUUCUCAACUCUUCCACCUCCCUCGCCCCCGCCGCCUCCGAUCCUUUCUCCGAUUAACCUCUGCUUCCGGAGAUGUCGACGCCUUCACGGAAAACUCCGGUUACCUCUUCCAGCUUAGCGUAUUGGAAGCCGAUUCUUUGGCCGUCUACGAUAUUUCCAGAAUCACUGACAUUUUCAAACGUAGGCCGUUCAUUGUCGCUCGCCGACUGUUCCAGAUUGGUACCACUUUCGGCAAGUGGUUCGCUCUUCGCUAUGUUGAUAGCCUCAUGGAACGCUCCGAUCAAAUGUUCGAGGUUAGAGCUGCAGAACUUCGGAAAAUCUUGGUAGAACUUGGCCCGGCGUAUAUCAAAAUUGCUCAGGCAGUCUCUUCUCGAGCUGAUUUGAUUCCACCGUCGUAUUUGGAUGAGCUUUCACUGUUGCAAGAUCAAAUAUCUCCCUUCUCUACUGAAGAUGCUAUCACCAUAAUAGAGCAAGAGCUUGGCUUACAGAUAGAUGAUAUUUUUUCGGAGAUUUCACCAGAGCCUGUGGCUGCAGCAUCCCUGGGGCAGGUUUAUCAAGCUAGGCUUCGCCAAAAGGGACAGCUUGUUGCAGUCAAAGUACAACGGCCUGGAGUACAAGCUGCUAUUUCCCUAGAUAUAUUAAUAUUGCGUUACCUUGCAGGACUGAUAAAAAGAGCAGGAAAAUUCAAUACAGAUCUUCAGGCUGUUGUUGAUGAGUGGGCAUCAAGUCUUUUUCGGGAGAUGGAUUAUAGGCUAGAAGCGCAGAAUGGUGUCAAGUUUAGACAGCUGUAUGGUAAUCUGCCGGAUGUUGUGGUACCAGAAAUGUAUGUGGGACAAACUUCACGCCGAGUUCUAAUUAUGGACUGGGUGGAGGGGCAAAAGCUGUCAGGUGUGAAGGAUUUGUACUUGAUUGAGGUGGGGGUUUACUGCUCGUUUAAUCAACUUUUAGAGUAUGGUUUCUACCAUGCAGAUCCACACCCUGGAAACCUUCUUCGAACAAAUGAUGGAAAACUUGCCUAUAUAGAUUUUGGUAUGAUGGGCGAAUUUAGAGAAGAACUCCGUGAUGGCUUCAUUGAAGCUUGUUUGCACCUCGUAAACCGUGACUUUGAAGCAUUGGCUAAGGACUUCGUCACACUAGGCCUUAUUCCACCAACUGCAGACAGAGUGGCUGUAACAAAGGCUUUAACAGGUGUUUUCCAAAAUGCUGUUGCGAAAGGAGUGAGCAAUAUUAGUUUCAGCGACCUUUCAGGAAACUUAGGAGUCACUAUGUAUAAGUUCAAAUUCAGAAUUCCUUCAUACUUUUCUCUUGUCAUUCGAAGUCUUGCUGUAUUGGAGGGAAUUGCCAUCAGUUCCAAUCCUGAUUAUAAAGUUUUAGGCAGUACAUACCCCUGGAUUGCUAGAAAGGUACUAACUGACAGCUCACCCAAGCUGCAGUCAUCUUUGCGAUCGCUCCUUUAUAAGGAAGGUGUUUUUAGAAUUGAUCGAUUGGAGUCUCUUCUAUCCGAGUCACUUCGUGCCAGAGCAGGAAAGGCCUUGGUUCAGAAUCAAGAAGGUGGUGAGUCCAGGGUGGUUAUCAAGCAAGUCCUUUCCUUUAUGCUAACUGAAAAGGGUUCUUUUGUGAGAGAUAUACUUCUUCAAGAAUUGGCAAAGGGAUUAGAUGCACUUGGGCUAGCUUUAUCUUCUGCAGCAACUGCAAGGCUCCCUUUUGGUAUUACUUUUUCAAUAUCCAGAAUGACUGAUGAAGAUAAAAUUAACUUGACAACCUUGUAUCGCCUUUUGCUACUGAUGGCGAGCGUUCAAGAAACAGGCAACUCGGGGAAGGUAGUUGGAGUUGGAGUUGGCCAACAAAAGAAUCAAGAAAUAAACUUGGAGGAUGUCUCAUCAGUGUUGAAUCAACUUGCUUCUAUCGAUGAAGUUCUACCUAUCCUUUCUAUUAUUCCCGAGCUUCCACCUGAAUCACAACAGCAGUUGCUAAAUCUUCCAGUGGAUCUUUCGGGUCGGUUAAUUUCUCGGGUUGCUGCAAGGACUAUCAGAAGAGUUUUUGUAUAGAUAUACAAGUGUUUUUGUACAACUUCUUCAUUAACUUUCUAGUUUCUAUAAUACAAAACAUCAUUUCGGCUUACAGUCGAUAACCCAAUACUGUAGAUAGUCUACGUUUUCAUAUGAGCCAACUUUCUUUCCCUAUUGUUCUGCAAAUUUUUAGAGAAUUUUUGGGGAUAGUCAUUCCUAUUGGUUCAAAAUAUUAAAUCUUUUUGAGAAUAUCAGAGUUGUCUUUAUAUUAGAGCUCUGGUUCAUCAUGUUAAAUAAGUCUUGAUGAAUUGAUGUUAGAUAUAAUAAAUUAUCGAAAUAUUAAAUUAGUUGAAUUGAAUUUCCAAAGGCAUUAUUAUAAUGAGGAUUGUUAGUGUUAA